CUGGGCUGGAGGCAAGCAGCUCUUCCGGCUCCGGCUAACCCGUGCUCGAGGGGCGAUUGUUCCACACUCAUCAGACAGAAAAAAUGAUAAUCAUGGUGUAAGGAAGAGAUUUACUCAUUCUGCCCAGGGGCUGAGCCAGCAGAGACAGCAGAGCUAAUGUGAUUCAUUGAAGGAAGAGUGGGGACAAUUAACAGCAACUUGUUCACCUUUUGCCUUGGACAGCCUAAGCUGAAAACCCUGGGUGAGAAUGACGCAGCAAAUGCACAACUUGAGCCUGCUGCAGAGCAAAAAGCACAGCAUGCCCUCAUCGCCCAGUGCGGCCAAGCGGCUCUACCGGAACCUGUCGGAGAAGCUGAAGGGCAGCCACACGUCCUUCGACGAGGCCUACUUCCGAUCCCGCUGCGACCGCCUCAGCCUCCGCAAGGCCUCCAUGAACUUCCAGUGCAAUGAAGCUAUGUUUGAGGCCGUAGAGCAGCAGGACCUGGAUGCUGUUCAGAUUCUUCUUUAUCAAUACACCCUGGAGGAACUGGACCUGAACACACCGAACAGCGAGGGACUCACUCCUUUGGACAUUGCCAUCCUGACAAACAACGUCCCCAUUGCCAGGACCCUUCUGCACGUUGGGGCAAAGGAAAGCCCACACUUUGUGACUGUGGAGAGCAGGUCUGUGCACCUGAGCACGCUGGUGCAGGAGGCCCAGCAGAGAGUGACGGAGUUAUCGGCGCAGGCAGCGAGCGAGGGGCUGGGCACAGACAGCGCCGAGCGGGAGAAGCAGCUCAAGGGCUGGGAGUGGAGGGCCAGGCUCUACCAGCGCAUGAAGGCCGGCUACGAGCAUGCCCGAGCCCCCGAGGCGCCAACCAAUGUCUGUCUCAUGGUAACAAGCAGCACAUCACUCACUGUCACCUUCCAAGAACCCCUCAGUGUCAACUCAGCUGUGGUGACCAAGUAUAAAGUGGAAUGGAGCUCUUCAGAAGACUUUUCUCCUUUGGCUGGUGAAAUAAUUAUGGAUAAUCUUCACUCUUUGAGGUGCUUCAUCACAGGUCUCAGGACGGGCCAGAGAUAUUAUGUCCGUGUCUCAGCAUACAACAUGAGAGGAUGGGGACCUCCAUGCAAAUCUACUCCUGAAUAUGCUUCUCCUUCAAACUGGAAAGACUGCAGUGGGAGAGAGCCUCAGCACAGGAGACACACGGAGGCCCUGGAAGGGCUCCUGCAGCAGGUCCGAGCCGCGCACCAGCACCACAGCUGCCGAGAAAGCUCUAAAUUACAAAAUGCUGGUCGCAAGCAAUCGGUUUCCAGAAGCCUGAAGCACCUUUUCCAUUCAUCAAACAAGUUUGUGAAGACUCUGAAACGGGGACUCUACUUAUCUGUUAUACUUUUUUACAAAGACAAUUUGUUAGUAACCAAUGAAGAUCAAAUCCCAAUUGUGGAAAUCGAUGACUCUCACAGUAGUUCAGUUAUGCAGGAUUUCCUGUGGUUCACAAAGCUGUCGUGCAUGUGGGAUGACAUCAGGUGGCUGAGGCAGAACAUGGCAGUGUCUGUGUCCUCCUCCACUGCACUCCAGGCCAGGCAGAAGAUGCUUUCAGCAGCAGCACAGCUACAGAAUUUGCUGGGAACUCACAAUUUAGGCAGAGUUUUUUACGAGCCCAUCAAGGAUCGCCAUGGCAAUAUGCUGAUAGUUACUGUGAGAGAAGUGGAGAGCCUGUACUCAUUUUUUAAUGGCAAAUGGAUGCAGGUAUCCAAACUACAAAGCCAGAGGAAAUCCCUCUCAACUCCAGAGGAGCCAACAGCAUUAGACAUCUUGCUUAUAACAAUCCAGGACAUACUUUCCUAUCACAAACGAAGUCAGCAGCGCCUCCCUCCCGGCCUGUACCUGGGCUACCUGAAGCUCUGCAGCUCCGUGGAUCAGAUCAAAGUGCUCGUGCUGCAGAAGCUGCCCAAUGUCCUGUGCCACGUCAAAAUCCGAGACAACAGCAACGUCUCCAAAGAUGAGUGGGAAUGGAUCCAAACACUUUCUGGCUCAGAAUCUGUGGAAAGUAUGGAUCAUACUUCAGACUGCCCUACUCAAUUGUUCUUGUAUGAGCUCCAGACAGCAGUGAAAGCUCUCCUCAAACAGAUCAAUCUACCUCUGCAUCAGGCUAAGCACUUCCGUCUGUACACACAGGAGGUGUUGGAACUGGGUCACAAUGUCUCCUUUCUUCUCCUGCUCCCCGCCUCAGACGACGUCUGCACUGCCCCAGGACAGAAUAAUCCUUACACCCCACACUCAGGAUUUCUUAACCUCCCUCUUCAGAUGUUUGAACUUGCUCAUUUUUGCUGUUACAAGGAAAAAUUUAUAAGCCUGUAUUGCCGCCUUUCUGCUGUCAUAGAGCUGGACUCUCUGAAAACCCAGCAGUCCCUGAGGGAAGCAAUUUCAGACAGUGAAGUCGCUGCAGCCAAACAAAGACACCAGCAAGUUAUAGACUACAUACAGCAAAUUGAUGAGAUCUGGAGGGACAUGAGAUGGAUCACAGAAGCACUGCAGUAUGCAAGAUACAAGCAGCCAGCAGCAGGCCUGCCCAUAAAGAAGCUUGUGGAUCUUUCAGAAGAACACUCUCAAAAGAAAAUGAGCUCCACCUCUUCACAUCUAGAUUGUCUUCCUUCACCUCCCCCUUCUCCUGAGCCCAGAAUCCAGAGGAGAAAAGCUGUGAGUGACUCCCAGCCCUGCUCGGAUGAAGAAGGCUGCUCCGAGGUGUUCCUCCCCACCGACAGUGACUACGACUCCAGCGAUGCCUUGAGCCCAAGGGAACUGGACCUGAUUUACUCCUCGUCCCAGGACAUCUCCCAGCAGGCUGGCAGUGGCCUGGGUGGCAGCGCACCCAACGUGCUCCAAGCCCACGACCUGAAGCCCUGCCUGGCGCUGAGGGACAGCCUGACAGAGUGUGGUGCCCUGGACACCAGUGCUGACUGUUGCACGGAGCAGAUGAGCAGUCUGACACUGUCAGGGCUUACACCGAAAAGCACGGACAAGUCCUCCAGCUCCAAGCAGCCACUGGGCUUUUUAGGGAAAAAAAAGUUGGGGAAACACCAGCAUUACAACUACUUCAGCCGGCAGCACCGCUGGCUGCGCGUGCACAGCGAGACGCAGGCGGGCUCUCUGUCAGAGGGUGUCUACACCCAGCACCCGAUGAGAUCCCCAGACCUGGCUCAAGAACCUACCUCCAGCGAGCAGGUGACCAUUCCCAUCGAUGGGCCUCGGGGCACCUUCGUACCUCAUGCAUCCAGCCCUCCAGAGGACGGCAAAGGCAGGUAUGAGGAGCCAAGGCAGGAUGUCCAUAGGAUACACGUGGAGCCUUAUGAAACAUUUCUGGAUGGAGAGGGCAGGUCCUGGGCGAUGAGCACAGAGGCUGUAGAACACACAGAUGUGCACAGUGCUAUGCAACAGAUCACGGGGCCAGAGGAGCAGUCGGGUUCUGCUGUCCCAGAAGUUUUCAGCAGCACCCUUUAACCCCAGAAUCCUGCACUGCUUCCCAUCACUCCACAUGAGGUAUGAGCAUUGUGAUCACAAAGGCCAUACUUUCAAAACCACUGGUGAAAAUCCAGCUCCUGAAAUGGCAGCUUGUGCCACUCUAAAGAAUCCUAAUCUUUCAACUUCAUCACCAGAUUUCUGGUCUCACAGAGGUAUCAUCUGUCAUGAAGGGAGCAUUAUUGUCACUGGCAUCUGCAGCUUUGCAGGUAGACUCGUAACAGUCACCACAUAACAAUGUGCAAUUGAGUAUCAGGUUUUGCAGGUCUCUUCAUUUCCAUGUUUCUCUGAGCAUGCAAAAUUUUAAGCAUGAGUGGUUCUGCCUGCAAGUUAUCAGAAGUUGUAACAUCCUCGAUGACCUUAUGUUAGGACUGUGUCCUAAAGGUCUAUUAACUUGUCUCUCACCACCUCCUGCAAUUUUUUUUUUGCUUUUCAGCUUCUCUUGAAUGAAUUUAGGUUGGAUAUAGCUGAAAUACUAACGGGUCUAGCAAAACAGAUAACCCAGAGUUUCUAGCCACUUAAAGAAAUGAAAAUUCUUUCAAUGUAUAGAGAAUGUAAUCAACACCAUCUCUGAAUGCUGUCAGAGCCUGACAUAAUUAUCACAAUUGUUUUUUCAGGAGCUUAGAUUUCAAAUUAUUUAAGUAGCAAGUUAUUUUAAAAGCUCAGGAGAUGAACCUUUGAGGUCAAGAGCAGGCAGAAUGAGGCCAGGUUCUAGACAAAUAAUAUGCAGGGUGUAUGUGAGAUUGAAGCACAGUUUUUCCUUUCUUUUCCCCACCAAACAAGAGCACAUUUUGUGUUGGCAUCACUCUCACACACCCAUUGGAAAGAAACACCCCUAUUUUUAUUCCUGAAUAUUCACCAUAAACUCCAUGGGUAUUUGAUCACUAUGUCUGAAGCUGGGAUAUUCUGGCAAUUCAUAUUAGGAAAGUUUGGGAUGAAGUUUGAGUGUAAGAUUUUUUUUUUCUUUGGGCCCCAAAUAAUAGUAAUGUGAUAAGGAGGUUGGGAUCUUACUGUACUGUGUAAAGGCAAAUUACAGUGAGUCAGGAUUUUGUCCUUUGCAACCACAACAAGAACUACAGAAGAUGAUCUCAAAAAUGAAAUCUAUAUUAAUAAGAACCCUAACACUGAAGUUACUAAGAAAUGAACUAAUGUGUAGAGAAACCCCAGCUGUUGCACAAGCUUUAAUUUUCUUAAACAGUUCUUGAAGUUUAAUUUUAUAGGCCACAUUCCUGCUGGUUAAAUUCCCUCACUCCAUGUUUGUGUAGCCUUCUACCUUUCAGUUUUCCAGCCUCCAGGUGGAUACAUUCUAAGGCCCCCAAUAAAGAGAUUUGAGUUAAAUAGUUGAGUUUACAAGUCCUUGAGGUAAAGGUAAGGAUUUGGGCCCAUGAUCUGUGGUCCUUAUUAAAAUAGCACUUCCAUAACCCCAGUGCUAUUAAAAUCCCUGCGAACUCAAUCCAUAAAUUCAAAAAUAAAUGUUAUUCACUAUUUUAUGCUUGGUCAGUAUGUGGAAGCCAAGAAGAGUCUUUGCAGUGAUAGGAAGGGCAAAAUUUUUCUAUAAGGGAUUUACAUUUGUAACUUCUCUUUUUGGGAGCAGGAAGUUAACUUCUUGGACAAAAAAUACUCAUUCAUUACCUGAUCCACAGUGAGGAUGGAAAGACUUCCAUUCACUCCCACAGGGUUUGGAUGAGACCCACACCAAAAAUUCCUGUGGGUGAGAAGAUGCAGGGGGAGCAGCAGUGGCAGUGCCCAUUUGCAGCUAGAAGGGCACACAUUGUAUGGAACUGGGGAUGGGGAAUGCCUGACUCACCACAGAGCCAAGCAGGACAGUCUGACUGUCACUGAGGGCUGAUUACUUCACAUUCUGUUUAUUAGCAAAAGGCUUUUCACCAGGGAGAGACAAACAAUGGAAUGCUCCUGUGCAGAACCAAAAUAAUUGACACCAUUUUCCAGUAUUCAGGACCUUGCCAGGGCUCCCCUAAUCUGUUUUGCCUCUAAAGAAAACUGCCAUAAAACUAUUAAAGAAUAAAAUAACCAUACACUGAGGCCCUAUGUUUUUGCAGGAAGUGAUGAGAUAAAACAAGAUGCUCCUAAAUGAAACCCACCUCACUUUUCUUUGGCUCAUCAGGGACAAUGAGGGCAAAACGCCCAGCAAAGAGGCACACACUGCUGGUGAGAUAAGGAUGGAACAAUCUCUUGUCUGCUCCUGCUGCUGGACCUUUCCAGAAGCAGUCAUGUAGUUCAUAAAGGACUGGAUUCUCUACUUGAAGGAAGGCCUUGACUUCAUCAUAAUCUUCUGUGCUGAGAUGAAACUUGACUCUGGGGGUGCAAAUACCAGCCAAAAUCUAUCCUGUCCUAGUUUUAACCUUGCUAAGGAAGUAGUGUUUAGGUGAUGGCCAAUGGGAUGUGCUUCCUUGAUCUAUUGCCUCCAGACUGAGGUUCUUCCACAAACUUUAUUAGUCAAAUUACUAACUGAUAGUUCUGGGUUUAAAUACUUCUGGCUAUAAAGCACUGACUUAUAUUCAGGUAAAAAUACAUGUUCUUUGUUCAAAACUGCUAUCCCUACCAAUUUUGGGUGUCCUUGAAAGAACAGUAGUGAACACCCAGAGAUAAAUAAAUAGUAGAAAGC